ACUUCCGGUAAAACCGAAUAAAUAUUUCCCAUGGCUUAUCUGACCGCUGGCAGAAAGAAUAUGACACUAAUUAGUGCUCAGCCUGCACGGCUGGGGGGUCAGAAGGCCCCGGCGGGGACAGUUAAAGGCUUGAAGUCUGACACCUCAAACACACCGCUGUCUGGCUCAUUAUGGUCAGGUAGGACAUGUGCUGGCGUGCAGUCACACUGACUCUGCAGCACACCAUUUGAUUUCCAUCUAUAUUUAAAAAAGAGACAGAAUAAGAAACUGGGAAGCAGUCCAGCCUCCCUCCCUCCAUCUACUUCUCUCUUUUUAUUUAUUUAUUUUUUGCAGGCUGAGUGGUGUCUGUGUACAGUCCGGCCCUACUGCAGUGAUGACGGUGUGACGUGCAACUGCCCUGUUGUGCAAUCACCCUGAGACUCUCGGGGGGCCUAUAAGACCUCGAACCACAUCUGGAUUCUCAGUGAUUCUGCUCUGUGUUUGUGGCAUGAAACGCUCCUCAGCCGUUCUCCUGCAGGGGUGGAGGAGCAGCUAUCAGGACAUGGGCUUUGACCAAAAGCAGCACUGAAAGCAGCUCAUUGGACUGGACGCCAGAUUAUCGUAGCUCAAAGGAGGAAUUUCAGUUUGUGUGAGGCAACAGUGAAUCCACUUUCAUAAUGCCGACCCCGAACGAUCUCGUCAGCUUUUCCUCAACAUACUUCCCUACAGAGGUUCCUGGCUAUCUCAAUACCUCCCUCUUGGCUCCCAACUGUACAGACUGGCCUACGUUACCCAUGACCACCCUCAUUCCCUCUGUUUUCAGCAUCAUCAGCGCGUUUGGCACUGUGGCCAACGCCCUGGCUGUGUGCGUGCUGUCCCACGGCGGUGCUUCCAGGAGAACUGUGGCCAACACUUUCAUGCUCAACUUGUGUGUGUCAGACCUUCUCUUCCUGUUGUCCCUCCCACUGUGGGCGGCCUACUAUGCCCAGAGCUACAACUGGACCUUCGGUCGGCUGGCCUGCAAAAUCUGCGGUGCCCUCCUCAGCCUUAAUCUCUACGCAUCGAUUUUCUUCAUUACAUGUAUGAGCAUGGAUCGCUACCUGGCCAUCGUGCAUCCGCUGCGCUCGCAAAGUGCUCGAUACCCAAGACGCGCCUGGUUUGCGUGCAUCCUGGUGUGGGUUCUGGCAUGUGUGAGCACAGCGCCCACACUGGCGGUGAGGGAUACGCACCAUGUGAAGGAGCUGAAUGUGAAGGCCUGUGUGCUCCUCUACCCUCAUCACCAGUGGUUUCUGGCUCUGGCCUGGAUGAAGAUUAUUCUGGCCUUCCUACUGCCGCUAAUUGUUAUCAGUUCAUGCUACUGCGCGAUUGGGAGACAUUUACUGGGAGGAAUGAGGGGUAUACGACAGCCCUCAAACUCGCUCUCUCAGGAGCGCUGCAAUAAAUCACAGAGGACUCCCACCCCUUAUUUGAACCCCACCUCCAGUGGGGGCCAACCCCUAGAUGGCAGGGGGCUGGAGAGGGUGCUGUGGACCGUAGCAGCUGUGGUGCUGGCCUUCUUCAUCUGCUGGUUCCCUUUCCACUGCGUGACCCUGUUGCGUGUGCUAAGGGGUGAAGGCUGGGUGGGCGGCUGCUGGGUGGACUGGACCAUCAACACCCUCACCCCUCUCACCCUCUGUUUGGGCUUCUCCAACUCAGCCAUAAACCCUGUCCUCUACUGUUUCUUAGGGAGGCACUUCCGUGGCCAUCUCGGCGGCCUUUGUAAGCAUCUAUGUGCGUGUCUGGAGUCCCGCAGGGAGGAAAACAGUCAGAAGAGGGGCUCCUUCAGCACCAGGCUGAGUUCCUUCUCCCGCAAACUCAGCGACUUGAAAGACCUGGCGAUCGUGGAGCCCUCGGGUCUUACCUAAUAGGAGGUGAUCUCUUCUCCUGGAUGGUGUCAACAUCAAAUAACUGAGCACGAGAUGCAGAAAAUAACCAGAGAACUUCUUUUCCUGCUACAUGGUGGGCAAAAUAUUACUUAUAUGCUCAUGUAACUGACUUUUUGUG